GGUACAGACUUUUUUUUUUUUUUUUACCGCGUAGCUUUUUUAGAGCUGAAAACUGGCAAAAAAAAACCCCUGAAACUCUGCAAUUACUGUAGACAUGAAUUUCAAAAUACGGCGUGCUGCGAAGGAAGACUGCAAAGACAUAUCGAGGAUGAUAAUGGAUUUGGCGAUUUAUGAAAAGAUGCCUGACCAAGUGAAGAUUUCGCAUGAAGAGUUAGAGCGCGAUGGUUUCUGCCAGAACCCCCUCUUUGAAUGCCUCGUUGCAGAAGUACCAGAAGAGCAUAAGUCUAAUGAGGGAUUCACAGUUAUCGGGUACGCCCUUUACUUUUACACUUACAGUACAUGGAAGGGACGGGCAGUAUAUUUGGAGGACCUGUAUGUGAUGCCAGAAUUCAGAGGUACAGGACAACUGCGCAUUGGUACAGCCUUAUUGAGCAAAGUUGCAGAGAUUGGGAAAAAGAAGCAGUGUGUGCGGCUGCAGUUGUCUGUGCUAAAUUGGAACACUCCCUCUCGAGACUUUUAUGCUGCUAAAGGAGCUCAGGACCUCACUGUCACUGAAGGCUGGCACGCUAUCCGCUUUGAUGGACAGAACCUGGACAAUUUAGCAAAUGAAGCACCUAAAGAUUGACAAGAAAACUAUGCUCUUUACCCUUCUGUGCAAAAUGGUGCUUGUUUUAAAACGUUUUUGGUAUUUUUCUCCAUAAAACAGCCUUAAUUAUAUCUUGUGUGUGUCCUUGAUUUAACAAAUUAAUUUACAGGGGGCGAAGGAUGUAAAAUACAUAUGAAUUUAGUAUUUUUGAUGUGAUACAGCUAUCCCUUUUGAUUUCUUCUUCUAUAGACUUGAAAUAGUAUCGCUCAAAGUCCCAUAAACACAGACCCCUACUAAAUAAAACACUGAGUAGCAUAAAUCAGUGGUUCGGUACAUUUUUAUGUUUUCAUGUACGUUUCUGAGGAACUGAAAACCCAGUGUAUUACUUUCACUCUUACAGUGAUGCAGCUACUGUGACCAAUUAAGUAAUGAAAAGGAAGAGAUAUUAAAACAACCUGUUAAAAAUGAGGCUUUUAAGAAUGUUAAGAAUGCGAAUUUUUAAAGUGCUGUACAUGACUUUAUGCUUUAAAUGUUAUAUUUUAAACUCUUCCUUACAUUUAAAUUAUUUAUCACCAAUCAGCAAAAUGUUUCUUGACUCUCAUUGGGUAAACCAAAUCCCAGAUGUGACAUCACAGCUUUCCAACAGGUUGCAACUGUGAGAUACUCCAAAGGUGAUUUUUUUGUU